AUGUUGUUGUUAUCGGCCACGCUAAUUGCCGUCCGUGUAUCGUUGUACGACGGCGAUGUUAUUGUCCGAGCUACAGCGACAUUAGUGCCGCGCGCCGCCAUCGAAUUAUCGCGAUCGUCGCCGUCGUUGUUGUUAUUAUUAUUAUUAUUAUUAUUAUGUAACGGAAUCGGAUCGCCGGACACUGCUGCUGGCGUCGUGCGCGAAACGGUAAGAGUGCGAAAUAAUAUCACUGUUCGCCGCAAGACCCGAACGAAAAUUAAUCACAACCUUUGCAUUGACGACAACAAUAAGUAG